CAAUGCUAAGGCUUGUGGUGUGAGGCAAGGUUCUGCUGCACAGUGGGAACGAGCAGUGAUUGCCUCUCAUUGAGCAAAGAUGUCCCAGUGCCCUAAAGGAGGAGCUGUGAUCCACCACAAGGUGGUGGAUGGCAAACAUCGCUACAGGAUUCAAGAAGUCCUACACUGCAAGGGCACACAUUCCCCAUUCAGGAGAGGUGAUCACUUGCUGCAGGUGAACGAGAAGAAUGUGUCGGAUUUCCCACCUGAGACCCUGGCUGAGUUACUGAGAGAGAAAUCCACACUGAUGACUGUCCACCGUCCCAAUAACAAGGCUGAGUCUGCUGAGCCUGGGGAAGCUGCCGGUGUGGUGUACUGGCCGUAUGACAGGCAGAAGAUGGAGCUCCAGUUCAGCUUGGACAUGGUUCGGAUGGACGGAGGCUGUGUGCCCCUGGAGAAUUUGGCUGCAGCCCACAGCAAUGAUAAAGUGCUGCCUGCUGAUGUCAGAGGGAAGGACAAGAUCUGCCGCCAUCCAGAAAUACGCUCCAAACUCCCAAAUACCCCGCUGCCCAGCAGUGCCAGAGAGAAAAAUGGAGGGGUAGUGCAUGACAAGGACAAGGCAUGGGGAUUGUUGGUAGCACUCAAUCAUGCCACAGUUUCCAUCAUGCAAGCACGGGGUCCCCAUUGCUCCUCGGGAGUAGUGUGCACAGAGUGCAAGAAGAAGGAUUGUGAAAUACAUGCUGUUAAUGUCGGCUCCGAGGUCAAACCAGAAGUCUAUUGUCUAGAAGAAGGGUUAUCUCCCACCGAGUGCUGUGGGAUGAUAAUGAAAGUAAUGAACAGCGACUAUCCAUUUUUAAUUCAUAACGAACGAGAUCAGUACCUUCGACCUGGCAGCAACAACAAAAGAAUAGUUCUUAGUCGGCAGAAUUCUGAGUCUGCCCAGGUGACUAUCUUUUACUACAAGUCCAAUAACAUUCCAAAGGCAUAUUGUGGAAUACCAGUUGUGCUGAAAUUCUCCAAGACCAGCUGUUUCCUGAUGUGUCAGAGUGAGGGGUCCAACGUAUUGCUCAGAAUAGAGGAAUGUACCUCCGAGUUGCUGAAGCGGAUUCCAGAGGGGAGCCCACAAUGGCGCUUCAUCUUCUACAUGAAGGAACGGCAAGACGGUACUCUAAGCUUUGAGUCAGCACAAUACCCAGGCUGGUUCAUCAACAACCAGUGGACCCAAAAGAGGGCUGAAAUGAAACAAACCAUGGAAGAAACAUUGAAUGCAGAUUUCAUCUUUAUUUUGUUAAAAGUAUGAGAGUUAGCACUGGUGAAUGUAGAUAAUAAAAUAACAUGAAUUAUCCUGCCAAUAUACCUUUGUGGACUCAUGACAAUGGCACUGAAUAUUCUGUCAGUGGUUCACCGUGGACCUGGUCCACUGCUCAGACAUUGCCAUGAUACCUCCCUACCCCACCAAUCCAACAGGUGUCCCAGGAAGCAGAGCGUCUCUGCAUGUCAAAAGGGACUCCUGCUGCCCUGCAGAAUACCCAAUG